AUGGCCGACCCUUACCACGAUGGCACCCACCCGGCCCAGAGGCAAAAAGACAAGAAGAAGGCCAAAAGCCUUCCUCUCGGCCUGCUUCUCCAAGAAGCUACUGCCAAAGUCCAAACGGGCGACCACGAAUCCGCCGUGAAGCUCGCCGAACGAGUGCUCGAUGCGACGGGCAAAGAUGGCGACUUUGAACUGGCAGCCCUGAACCUCUUGGGGCUAGCCUACAUCGAGAUGGGCGACGUCGAUCUAGCGCGGCCGAGGCUCCUGAGGGCCGUCGAAAUAGACGCGGACGGCUCCAUGGACGAGCGUGGGCGGGGGCGCGGAAAAAUUCCUCUGGCUCGCGCAGAUCAGCGAGGACGGCGGCCGGGACAGCGUGGACUGGUACGAAAGGGCGCAGCGGUGCUUCGACGACACAUACAGGCCCUUUCGGAAAAGACGAAGCGCACGGCGCUCGACGAUGCCGCGCUGGAGGAGAAGAGGCAGGGUCUGGCGGGCGUGCUGUGCGCCGUGGCCGAAGUCUACAUGACGGACCUAUCGUGGGAGGAGGACGCGGAGCAGAGGUGCGAGGCGCUGGUGACGGAGGCCACGAUGGCGUGCCCCGAGUCCCCCGAGACGUGGCAGACGGUGGCCAACGUGCGCAUCUCUCAGCAGCGGGUGGAUGAAGCCAAGACGGCGCUGCGGAGGAGCAUGGAGCUCUGGCAGGAGCUGCCCAUUGGGGACCUCAAAGUGCCCGAGUUCGCCACGCGCAUCAGUUUGGCUCGGCUCCUCAUGGAGGUGGAGGUGGAGCCGGUGGCGAUGGAGGUGAUUGAUAGGCUUGUGGCGGAGGACGACGAGAGCGUGGAGACGUGGUAUCUCGGCGGCUGGUGCCAGUAUAUCCAGGGCGAGAAGAAGAAGAAGACGACGACGACGACGACGACGGACGCGGAGGCCGAGGAGGCGCGCAAAGAGCUGUGGACGUCGGCGCGGCGGUGGUUGAGGCAGUGUUUGAAGCUGUAUAAGCAGCAGGACUACGAGGAUGACCGGUUAGGCGAGCAUGCUAGGGAGCUCACGCGCGCCAUUGAUGAGGUGCUGGGCCCGUCUCCUGAGGGGGAAGAUGAUGAUGAGGAUGAUGUUUGGGAGGACGAUGACGACGAAGGUGAGGGGAGCAGCGAUGACGAGGAUGAGGAAAUGGGCUAG